GCACGCGCUAGCUAGGUAAAUUGACUUAUUAUUACCACAGAUAUCUAUUUCUUUGAUACCUAAUUAUUCUAGUAUUUGCCAAUCGUCUUAUUUAUUCUCUUGAUCAAGCCUCUACUAGAUUUACAUCGGACACUAUGGCACUAAAACGAAUUUUUUGGCUCUGGCUUUGUCUUCUGCUGACUGCAGCUCUUGCAAAUCAGGCGUCUCUCAUCUCGGACAGUACAUGUUUAGCUUCGAGCAAUGUCUCCCCAAAGACGAGUUAUGACGCCUGCUGCCCAAGCAAAUCCCAGAGCGGCACAGGCUAUGUCGAUAAUAUUCAAUUCAGAUACCAGUGUGGGUUAACUCCGGAUCCAGCCGGCGAAGAAGUGCCUCAUAAGGUCGGCAGUAUACAUGACUGUGCGACUCUCUGUGCGGAGAACACUGACUGUAAGGCGGGGACAUGGGAUUACCAGUACGGCCGGUGUUAUCUGACGACGAAUAUGUCCGGUACAAAGCCGUCGCCUCUCUGGGUGCUGCUGGAGAAAAGCACUAAGUCGGAUUGCCAGAAAGUGGAGGCGGCUCUCCGGCAAUGCAAGAUGGCCGAAGACACCUGCCAGUCUGCAAGGAAAGAGUGCGAGUCUAACCACGCAGAGUGCCUGCGGCAGCAGGUUGAGCUCCAGCGCCAGAAGGAUGCUUUGACCAAGGAGAACAAUGAUUUAACGACGAAGUUGGAUGCCGCAGAGAAGACCAACGCACAACUCCAGCAGGAGAGAAACACGGCGCUAACAAAUUAUGGCACCUGUCAAGCGCAAGAGACUCAACUCCGGACGGCAUAUGCGACCCUGCAAACCCAAUUUCAGAAGACACUGCCAUGCCCGGACGGGGAGGAACUGACAAUGGGUGGCAUCAGGUACAAAAUAUACUGCGGUAGGGGCGUGUCGGAAGCUGGUUUUAAUGGUAAUCAUGGUGGUGGAGUCGGAGACAUCGGGUUCCACCAAUGCCUUUCCGUUUGUUCCGCAGAUGCCACAUGCAAGGGCGUCAAUUAUUGGUAUUACGGCGACAAGCCUGUUUGUAGCAUGGCCGACAUCUACGAGAACCCGCCCACAGGCUCAGGUGGGUAUAGGUGUAUCGGCGCAGUUCCUGUCUCCCCGAAAUAAAAUAAUGGGCCAUUUCAUCAGCGGUACAAAUUGGUGCAGAGAGGAUCAAGCAUGGGGGAAGAUGCUUUUGGCUUACCGUCCGCUGGGCUCUUAGUCUGCCAAUUAGAUAAACCCUGGUUGAUUUGUUUGCCGCUGCCGCAACCUGGAAUGAGCCUU